GGUCACCCUGCGCAGUCUGGACCUAGAGGUCUGCCUGGUCUCGAUGGCUGCAAUGGUACCACUGGGAGUCCUGGCAUUUCUGGAUCAGAUGGGUUUCCUGGCCUACCGGGGCUGCCUGUACGUCCCAAUACUAGGUCAUCCUGGCCCAAAAGGCCUUAAAGGAGAACCUGUUUUUGCUCAAGGCAGUCUUAAAGGAAUGAAGGGAGAAAACGGUCUUCCUGGAUUGGAUGGAAUUUCUGGCCUAAAAGGUUUUCCAGGUCGAACUGGUUCUGCAGGCUCUAUAGGAUUACCAGGGUUACAGGGUCCAAUGGGUCCCCCUGGGCCACCAGGUCCGAAAGGUAACAUGGGAUUAGGCUUUCAAGGAGAGAAGGGAGAGAAGGGCGAUGUAGGGCUGCCUGGCCCUCCAGGUCCCCCACCAUCCACUGGAAUACUGGAAUUCAUGGGCUUUCCAAAAGGGAAGCAAGGAGAAAAGGGUGAGCCAGGCCCUCAAGGAUUCCCUGGACACACUGGAUUGCCUGGCGUGCCGGGCUUCGGAGGUGUUGGAGAAAAAGGAGAAAAAGGUGUGCCUGGCUUACCCGGUGCCAGGGGUCAUCCAGGUAUUCCAGGCCAUCCAGGACUGGAUGGAGUCGAAGGCAUGAAGGGUGAAUUAGGUGACAUUGGUCCCCCAGGCCCUCCUAUCGUUAUUGACAGGGAAGGUGUAGUCAUUUCAGGUGCCCUGGGUGACCCUGGAAACCCGGGAAUACCUGGUCCUCCAGGAGAUGAAGGGAUCAGUGGUUUACCAGGCCUUCCAGGAGCUCCAGGGUUUCCAGGCUUGGAGAGAGAUGGGAUGGGCCCUGGAGGGUCUCCAGGUAUUCCGGGUGUGAAAGGUGAAGUGGGAGAACCAGGAAGAGAAAUGAUUGGACUACCAGGCACUCCUGGCAGAGAUGGUUUACCAGGUCUCCCAGGAGCAUCAGGAUUGCCUGGUUCACCACGCCCUUCAUUUUCCCCAGACACAAUCCUGGAUGGAAGGACUGGGGCCCCAGGGAAGCCUGGACAAAGAGGGCUGCCAGGAGCUUUGGGUCCAAAGGGGUACAAAGGAGAGGCAGGUGACUGUGCUUGUGAUGGAGGAGUUACAAGAGCUGGUCUAAAAGGGAUCUCAGGUCCACCAGGUCCAUCAGGAAGCCCUGGUAUGCCUGGAAUUAAGGGCAUUCAUGGAGACCCAGGCACUGUGGGUGCACCAGGACUGCAGGGCCCUCCGGCUUCGGACGGUCAGCAAGGUCUUCCAGGCCUUAAGGGAGAGAAAGGGGAUUCAUCCUAUGCAACAGUCAAAGGUGCUCGUGGGGACCGUGGAGCAACAGCACUCAGAGGACCUUCAGGCAUCCCAGGAACCCCUGGCAAGGAUGGACUUCCAGGCUUGCUAGGCCCACCAGGCCCUCCAGGUGAUGGUGGGCUGGGUUUCCCAGGUGAAAAAGGACUGCCAGGAUUACCUGGUUCCAAGGGCCAUCGUGGAGAAACUGGUUCUCCUGGCGUUGGUUACGCAGGUCCUAGUGGAGUUCGUGGGCCACCUGGUGACCCAGGGGUGGAUGGAUUUCCAGGACAAGCAGGUCUUCCAGGCCCUCCAGGUAUCACCUUGCCCUGCAUAGUUCCUGGAGCGUAUGGGCCCCCAGGGAUUCACGGCUUUCCAGGUUUGCCAGGUCCCAAGGGCAGCAAAGGUUUUCCUGGCAUUCCAGGACAACCUGGAUUACCUGGAUCAAAAGGACAGCCAGGGUCUCCAGGAAUAGUAGGGUUGCAAGGGGAACCUGGCUUCCCUGGACCUCGAGGAGAGCAGGGGUCACAAGGACUUCCAGGACUGGAUGGAACAGAUGGUUUGCCUGGGAAAAUGGGUGCUUCAGGGUUAGCUGGAACAAAAGGACCUCCUGGAGAUAUAUUUGGUGCUGAGAGUGGAGCUCUGGGAGAGCGUGGCCGACCUGGACUUCCGGGCGAUAAAGGGCUUGCAGGUGAUCUUGGAUUUCCAGGACCAAAGGGGUCAGAUGGAAGGCCAGGGCUCCUAGGUAUUAAAGGCGAACAGGGUAAUCCAGGAUAUUCGGGUGUCCCUGGAUUGCGAGGACCUCCUGGUCCUGGAGGUCCUUUUGGCAUUAAGGGAAAACCAGGACCCAUGGGGUCAGUUGGCCUUGCAGGAGCACCAGGACUUCCUGGAGUCAAAGGCUUGACUGGGGAUGUGGGUCCACAAGGCCCUGCUGGUAUGAAAGGCUUCCCAGGUCUUGAAGGUGUUCCAGGUUCUCCUGGGGAAAGAGGAUUCUUAGGGCCACCUGGGCCUUUUGGUCAGGAUGGGCAUCCAGGUUUCCCUGGGCCAAAAGGCGAGAAAGGGUCUUCUGGCUUGCUUGGUUUCCCUGGCAUGCCAGGGCUACCUGGUGUCCCUGGGGUGAAUGGGUUUAAAGGAACUCCUGGCGCAGCUGGAAGUAAAGGGAGGCCUGGAGUAGUGGGUCUCCAAGGUCAAAAAGGUGACAGAGGUGAUGCAGGCCCACCUGGUCUUCCUGCUCUUGGGCAUCCAGAACAGGCACUGCGAUUCAAAGGAGAGAAAGGAGAUCCUGGAUUAGCUGGACUUGGAGGAUUCCCUGGGCCAAGAGGUGACAAAGGAAUCCCAGGAAGCCGUGGACAGCCUGGUCUCCCUGGUCCAGUUGGGUCAGCAAGCAAAGAGAGAGGUCUUCAUGGAGACCCAGGCUUCCCUGGUCCACCUGGACAGCUUGGGUUGCCAGGACGGAAGGGUACACAUGGUAUUGGUUCAGAUGGUGUCACAGGAACACUUGGAUUCCCAGGACCUGUUGGUCCCCCUGGUCCAAAAGGUGACCAGGGAGAGUCUGUUGGCAUUCCUUGCAUUGCUGGAGCAAAAGGAGAGCGAGGGGACACAGGAUUCCCAGGAGAGAGAGGGAGAGAAGGACCCAAGGGUGAACCAGGCUACCCAGGAAGCACUGGAGUGAAUGGACUCAAAGGAGGCCCAGGAGAUCUUGGCCAAGAAGGACCAGCAG